AUGCUUGAACGUUUCCAGAACUAUGUGAAGACAUGGUUAGCCCCUCUCAGCCAGGAUGAACCAGACAAUGUCAAGAUUUUUGUCCCCAAUCUGCAUAGAACAAUAGCUUACAAUCGGAAUCACAAAAUCCAUUCUCCCUAUCUACUGCUGGCAAAUAAAAAUGUCCAGAAGUUUUCAAAUGCUUUCACAAAAACCAAUAUAUGGAGUCCGCUACUCUCCCAUGGCGCCAAUUCAGCGUCAGGGGUAAACCUGGAUAUUGUCCCCGGGGACGGCAGAGUGUUGGGACUCUUCCGUUACAUCGGCCAUCUCCGAAGUCCUGACGCGGAGUUCCUAGCCACCCUAGGUCUAGCCAGCCGUGAGCACGUCGGCUCCCUGCACUCCAUCAACUCGACCCGGCGCCUUGACUGCCUCGUGGCAACGGCCAGAAUCUUCCAAGCCACCAAUGCUAUUGACUACUCACCCGAAAAUGUGACAAAAACCAUGGAUAUGGGCCUCUUCAUGACAGUGCAGGUGGUUGCAAGGAAGAUGAUGGAAUAUGAAUGUGUCGGCUUAAUCAUGCUGGCGGCAAGUAUGAGCAGGCUUGUAACCAUCAAGGGGCUUAACGCACUAGUGUAUACCUCAUCCAAGGUAGCGGCUAUCCAACUAGAAAGAAAGGAGCCUGACAAGAGGACUAGAGUUAAUUCAUUGUGCCCAGGGCACAUUCUGACAUCAAUGGUGGAAUAA